ACAUCAAAAGUCGUCUGUUUUGUAAACUGAAAUAAGAACUGCGGUGCGCGGGUACGUCAACUGUCGCGAUUUGUGCUAAACAUUUUGUGUAACUUUAAUUUUCUUAUUUAAAAAUGCUUAUCAAACGAGCAGAAGACCAGAGCAAAUGAAAGGUGCUUGAUCCGAGUGUCGCCGGCUUGAAAAUUAGGUCACCGAGGCAAAUAACCUUCAAGUGUUUUAAUAAUGGAGGAAAAUGAAACGGAAAAUGUUGAUAAGAAACUUGAAGAGAACAUUAUCAAAAAGAAACCGGCAGAGGAUAAGGUGAAAUUCGAGAAUGUAAAUACUGAACAAGAGUUGCUGGGCUCUGUGACCACGGUCAAUAACCCAGGACUGAGAACAAGUGCCCGGGUGAUUCAGAAAAUGAAGCAAGACUCCAUACGGCCAUCGACUCCGCCUCCCAUGGAUAAAAAAGAUGGACCGAACGAUAAGAGUUUGCAGCGAACACCAUCACAGACUAAACCUCCUAAAGUUAUUUGGUCAAAUUUCGAAAAGAAUCUGUUUUUCGACGCCCUAAACGAGCUCGGAAAGGAUUUCGAAUCGAUUGCGAACUUCAUCAACUCGAAAAUUAAACGUAAGACUUCAGCAGAUCAGUCGUUCAAAACCAAGGAGCAAAUUCGGCAAAUUUAUUAUCAAACGUUUCAUAAAUUGUCGAAAUAUUUAAAAUUUUCCGAUGAUGUCAAGAAACCCGCUCAGGAGCUGUACGCCUUGAUCAACUAUGGAGAGAUGCGACGGAAACUUGCUUUUGUUUCAGAGAAGAAUUGCAUGAAGAUUAAAGAUCUUGUCUAUAAAGGGCACGUCACUGUGCGAAGUAAGGGGAAAAACAUCCGAAUCAAAACGCCACCUUGCAAGGCACUAAGGAAGCUGAAUCAAUUAGACGAUUGGCAAGAAGAUAUCAAUCUCCCGGCAAAAAUAGAAGUAUGUUUAAAACCUGCAAACAUGGAUGCCUGGGCACGAGUUCAAAGCAUAGCACAAAAUCCAUUAGUUCAAACUACUGUUCCCCUUCAAAAGAAACUGGUGAAUGUAAUAAAAACCUUUCAGUAUAAGUGGCGCGACGAGGAGACUAAGUUGGCUCUUCAGGCAUUUACUAUGGGUAAGCAAAAUCAAAAUGCGAAUGCCAAGCAAGAUAAUAAAACCCCCAGUGAAGCCGAAAGUCCCAGUUUCCAAGAACCACUUUUAUGUCUUUGUCCAUCAUCUGAUUCCGUAAUCCAUAGACCGCUUAUUAGUAUCACAGAAUUCUUGAGCAGCUUCAGCAUCUGCUUAAAUUCCUACGAACAAAAAAUCGGAGUGAAAGUGCGUGGUGAGACGCUCUGUAACAAAAGGCAACGCUCAGAUAGUGGCUGCGAGAAGAAAAGUCCAGAAAGUAAAAAAGUAAAAACUGAACUUGAAUUAAAAUCCGCGGAAAUAAACAACUGCAACAACGUUAACCCAACUGACUGCGAUGACAAGGAAGAAAGAAAGGAACCAAAACUAUACUUGAGCGAAGUGUCAAACUCGAAUCAUUCAAAUCCUGAAGAUUGUCACGAUUUAAUGUUGAGCGAUGGUAAUAUGCCUCGAUUAGAACGGCAAGACAGCAAAGAACCAGAAAACGCAAAGAAAAUUGAGCUGUUGAUAAGUAGUGAUAAUGCUGUAAGCGGUUUUCUUUCUUCCGCUCCUAAAUUGGAAGAUAUCAUACCGGAAGUAGUUGUUAAAAGUUCUUCUGAUACGAAACCACGUAAAAAAGAUAUUAAAUGUUCAGGGAGUAAGAAGAAGGAUACUAAAAACAUCACGAAUUUAAAGCCUUUGUUGGAUGAGGACACAGAACGGAAAAUACGUAAAGGAUGGACUGUACAGAAUGCUAGUGAUAUUAGUAUUGGUGAUUUAUAUAUAACCUUCGGACACGAUUCAAAAAUUACUUUUGAAUAUUAUUGGUUUAAAAAGGACGUGGAGAAACAGUCGAAGAAAGAACGAUCAUCGAUUCCAUACAAUAUAAAUAGCGUUGAUGAAGACUCCUUGAAAGCGAUAAGAACAAGCAAUAUCUGCAAUAAAUUACGACACCUAUUACUCAUAGCAAGCUUAACGGAACGAGUGAAAAAAAAGCCAUGCAGCUGCGGACAUGUUUGCGAGAAAGGUGUCAAGCAUAAGAAAGGAGAUGCUGAAUCGUGCGCUAAAACAUUUGUUUCUAAUAAGACUUACACAACAUCAAACAGCGAUUGUGUAUUCAGGCAACCCGCUGCACCUCAUCGACGGCAGGGGCUAGAGAACUUCAGAUUAAUUCAAAAUGGAUUCCGUUACAACCAUGCACGUCUUUUGGUGAAGAGCAGAAGUUUGGCUUGUAAACAAGUUGUAGUUCAACGUUUGCUUCCAGUACAACCAGGGAUGAAUCAAUCUUACGAUGUUGUUACGCCACAAGUACAUGUUCGUACCAUUGUGGAAAAGCCAAGUGUGCAGCUACAAUCUUGGCCAGAAAGAAAGGAGAUUGAAGCAAACAGCACAAACGCGAAGGAGGAAAUUGCCAGCACAAACGGAAAUAACGAGCAAAAUGAACCGGCAGUCCCAUUAGACGAUAACAAUGCAAAUGACUGUAAAAUUGCCUCACCGCAGGAGAAUUUGACUGUUAGCCAUACAAACGGUAGGCCCUUCAUGGCAUUGGGUAGAAACGAUGAACUACCUUCACCUAGCAAUGACUUGAACGAAAACGGUACUCCUAAAUCGUUGGAUCUGAUAUCCUUAAGUACAAAGGAUGAUAUAUUUUCAUCCAGUAGUAGUAACGCCAGUGUCAUUGAAUCUAACGGUCUUCAGAAGAUCAUUAAUAUUGGCGAGGAUCCUGGCAUCCAACAAUUGAUGGAAAUAUCCUUACCCUCACCUGCACCAGCACAAUGCCUAGAUGACAGUGACAUCUGCAGCAUACCGCCUAUGAGCCCCAUGCGGCUAAUACGAGAUUCGCCGUCUGAUCCGAAAUGGUUAGAAGAUAAUCUCAAUGACUUUUCGUUAAGUAGUUUCCUCGGCCACUUGGAUGAAAUGAAUCGAGAUGUGGAUACGAUGUCGGUGAUGAGCGAAUCAAGCCAGGAUUAUAUGACGAAAUUCGCAGAGAUAGCGGCAUCAAUGCAGCAUGAGGACAAAGACUUAUAAGCUAUCAUUUCUCACUUGUUUACAUGCAACUUCGAACGGAGCAGUCGAUAAGCUCACUGUAUACCUUUGUUUAUUUAAAAGUUUUAUUUAAAUGUUAUUUAUUUUGCUAUUACUCAUAUUUUAUAAUCAUAUUAAUGUUACUCAUUAAAGCAACGUUUACAUUAUAAUCAUAGUUGAUAUACACAAAAACAUACAUAUUCAUAAGUGUAAGCGCUUUCCAUUUACCCCGAAAAUUAUUCUGUUUUAUUCACAAUAAAUAUUUUAUACAUUUA